ACAUACAUAACCCUUUUAUUAAGCAUAGAAUCCUUAUUGUCCAAUAAAACAAAUCUACUGUAUUUCCAUGCCCCGUUUACACAGUUUCUCACAGCACGGCACGUUUAGCUUACAUGUGUACAGUCUACAGUGUGGAUGAAAACGCUUGCCGUCCGUAAGAACGGUCGCACGGACAGGUCUGAAUACGCGUUUCUUUUGAGAAAAACCUUAAAUAUAAGUGAAGCAGAGCACGAAGGCUAAAACUUCUGCUGUCCAGCAUGACGUCAGGCUCCACGAGGGUUGAAUCCAGCGCACGCGUUUCCACUCCGGCUGGUUAAGCGCCUCCUUUCCUCCAAAGGCAUUUCCUGCCGUCCGCGCUCCCCAGAACACACAGCUGCACGCCAGCGGUUACGGCACGCUAUGGACCGCUAUUUUAUCUCCCCAUCAUCUUCCACCUCCUGAGGAUGCGGGCGUGCGCGGUUCGCUUCCAACUUCCGACUCCAUCGCGUUCGGAAAGCGGCGUUUCGAGCGGCCUUUCCACAUUUUGAGACGGCGUAAGGCGCGAGCGUUACUUUGUUUCGGGACGAACGGGAGCGUCGCGCAGUUGCAUUUCUUUUAAUAGAUGAUUGACGGUUCCUAAGGUGUGAUCUGAACCCCAGCAAACCCGAAACAGAGCCGUUCUAGAUCUGACAUGAAGUCGUUCGGAUACGACUAGAUCUCCUCCUGCCACGUUUCGGUCUUCGAGGGCUGAAGUUGCGUCUGCAACAGAGGUGGACAGACUGGCCGGCACAAUGAAGGAGGAGAACUUGUUCCGCAGACGGUUCUCUCUCUGUCCCACAGCCACCUCGCCUCCCAAGAUUGACCCACGUGUGCUGACCCGCAACCUGUCCUAUGGAGGAGACAAUGAACUGUACCCGCUCAGCCCAGGGAAUGAAUCGGAGAGGAACGGUUUACCCUUACUGAGGGACGAGGUCAGCCCAGUCCGGUCACCCAGCAGCGCGUCGGAAUCCAGGAUGUUUAUCGGUUUGGAGAAGGAGUCUUCCUCGCCCACGGAGAAGCUGGCAAGGAAAGAAUCGCUUAAGGUUCAGAAGAAGAACUAUAGACAGGAGAAGAAGAGGGUCGCUAAAGAACUGUUCAGUGCUCUUAAGGAUCCAAGUGUGGUUAUUAUGUCCAACUGGCUAAAGAUUCGAGGCUCGUUGAAGAGUUGGACGAAACUGUGGUGCGUCCUGAAGCCCGGUAUUCUCCUGAUAUACAAGACGCCCGGUUCAGACCACUGGGUGGGAACGAUUCUUCUCAACGCCUGCAAGCUCAUCGAAAGACCCUCAAAGAAGGACGGAUUCUGCUUCAAACUCUACCAUCCGCUGGACAAGUCUAUUUGGGCCAUGAAGGGUCCUAAAGGCGAAUCUGUGGGCUCCAUCACUCAACCCUUACCUAGCAAUUACCUGAUCUUCAGAGCAGCGUCUGAAUCCGAUGGACGCUGCUGGAUGGACGCUCUGGAGCUGGCUCUCAGCUGCUCCAGCCUGUCGAAGAUGACAGCGAAGAGCGGCAGGGAUGGAGAUCUGAGCGGCUCCUCCGAGACCUCGCACAUACUGCAGCUGCUGCAGAGCUCGGCUCUCACCGACCAGGACCUGCUGCAUUUGAAUGACUCCAUGUUGGAAAACCAUAUGGAGAACGACGCCAACUCGGACAAAUCAGAGAGGGAGGCGCAUGAAGACUCGGACAAUGCGGCCAAUGAGAAUGGAGGCAGACUGACGGAGGAGAGCGACAUGGACCAAUCAGACGACGCGAGCCUGCAGGCCACGGUGUUCGUCGAAGAAGCCCAUGAAGAGAUGGGAGAGGCUGGCGAGGCGUCUCAGGUGGAGACAGUCUCUGAGGAGAACAAGGGUUUGAUCUGGACCCUCCUGAAGCAGCUGAGGCCGGGGAUGGACCUGUCUAAAGUGGUUUUGCCGACGUUUAUCCUGGAGCCGCGCUCGUUUCUGGACAAGCUGUCGGAUUACUACUAUCAUGCCGACCUGCUGUCCCAGGCUGUGAUGGAGGAGAGCGCGUACAGCAGGAUGAAGCAGGUUUUGCGCUGGUAUCUGUCCGGCUUCUAUAAAAAACCAAAGGGGCUGAAGAAACCGUACAACCCCAUUCUAGGGGAGAUGUUUCGAUGCUGCUGGCUGCAUCCACAAACAGACAGCUGUACUUUCUACAUCGCAGAGCAGGUUUCCCAUCACCCUCCGGUUUCGGCCUUCUACAUCAGCAAUAGGAAGGACGGGUUCUGCAUUAGCGGAAGCAUUCUGGCCAAGUCCAAGUUUUACGGCAACUCGCUGUCUGCUAUACUCGACGGAAAGGCCAGGCUCUUGUUCCUGACCCGAGAUGAAGAGUAUAUCAUCACAAUGCCAUACGCUCACUGCAAAGGGAUUCUGUAUGGUACAAUGACAUUAGAGCUUGGCGGAAUCACCAUCGAGUGUGAAAAAACACAAUGUUACACAGAACUUGAAUACAAAUUAAAGCCUUUUCUUGGCAGCUCUAGCAACGUUAACCAGAUUUCUGGAAAGAUCCGUAUGGGAGAAGACGUUCUGGCUACAGUAGACGGGCACUGGGACAGUAAAGUGCAGCUGACGGAGAAGAGGACGGGCCAGCAGGAGGUGCUCUGGAACCCCGGGCCAGACAUACGCAGACAGAGGCUGAAGAGACAGCUGGUCCAGAGAGACCAGCAGGAGGAGUUCGAGUCUGAGAGGCUGUGGCAGCUCGUGACCAGAGCCAUCAACGAUAAAGACCAGAUGAGAGCCACGCAGGAGAAGUUUGUGCUGGAAGAGGCUCAGCGGCAGGAGGCCCGAGAGCGAGCCGAGAGAGCCUGGAGCCCGCGACUCUUCACCUUCAACCCCGACACCAACGAGUGGCUCUACAAACACACCGACACUAAGCCGUGGGAUCCGGAGCGCUGUCUGCUGCAGUUUGAGAAAGACGGCGUCAUCCAGACGAAAGAGAAAUCCCAGCGCAGCGGCUUCUCCUACAGCCAGACCUGGGCUACACAGCAGAAGGUGCGGGCGAACGGCAAGCACAGGAAGUCCAGCAGCCAGCCGUCCAGCUGCAGUCAGAACACAGAGAGCAGCAGCAGCACGCCAGAACCCUACCACGAGUCCUCCGACAACGACGGCUUUAUGAACCAGUGCGCGAGAUGCACUAAAGAAGUGAAGGACAUCGCCCUCAUAGAGGCCUCGGUAGCAGCCAUACAGAAAACACAGCAGGACAUCCAGAGAAACCUGAGUGCACUGGGACGCCAGAUCGCGCGGCACAAGACGGCGGAGGAGAGCAAGUCCUUGAGCGGCCGUCACUGUCUCAUCCUCUGCAUGCUGCUGCUCUUCCAGCUUCUCAUCAACUACGUCUUCACUUGAGAUGUUGUCACCUAGCGACCAUCGCCUAGCAAUAAACACAGCCGAACGAUCACCGCCACACAGCCCCUCGAAUGCCCCGUCGCGAUGUCGCUACCGACCGUAGCCGCACCAUCAAGCACUAAGCACUUCAAUUUAGAGAGAGAGAGAGACUCUUGUUUUAAUGAAUAUGACCGAUAAUCAUUUCCGAGUGGAUGUAAAACGCUGUACUGCCACUCUCGGUAACCGACGUGUUCCCUCUUUCCCGAGUACUUCCCUUUUCUCUGCAAUAUAGGUCAUGCAUUCGUGGCAUAUUUGAAUGCGGUCGAAUGGGUUUGUGUGUCUGUGUGCGCGUUUCCCCACAAACUCCUCUUCCAUUUAUACACCGGGCCUUAAUACCGAUGCCAAAAAGGGGGAAAAAGAAGCGGAAAGGCAGUGAAGUCCACCAGUGCAAUUUUAUUAUGCUUUCAAGUGAACGUCUGACCACACAAAUUUGCUCGUUUUAUUAUUUAACCAAAAUAGUGUUUCUGUAUAGAACAAUACAAAGAAGAGUAAAUGUUUACAAACUUGAUUGUACACAAAGGAAACAAUGCUCUGACACCAAAUGCGUCGCGUAGAUUUAGAUGAAGUUAACCGAAUUGGCGAAAGCACUAUGAUAACAGAACGAACAAUCAGCCAUACGACUACGGCAAGCCGAUUUAACAUUUAAUCCUUACAGCAUACUAGCAUCCAGUUUCAUACCGCUAGUACUUAUUUUAGCUACUAGUAUGUAUACCAUCACGUACUUAUUCAUAAGCUACAUUUUCUUAUUCACUAGUUCUUGUUCGAUAGUUACUAAUGUUCGGUCGUUAUCAUUAGCUACUAGCAUUCAUUAAAUACAAGUUCUUUUUCAUUAGAUACCUAUUUUGGUAAUAACUAGUAUUCUAUUUUUUUCUAGUAACACAUUUCACGUUUUUGCUUUUAUUCACAAAUCAACUAUUUAGCGUAAGUACGUAUUAAAAUAGUGAGUACUGUCUUUUCAAACAUAGCAAGUAAGCUUUUUUGUUAUUAGAUACUAGUAUAUUAGUGCAUUAUUCAUUAGAUACUAGUACAUUUAUAAAAAAUACUAGUAUUUUUAUAACGUCCUAAAUUGGUGCCGGUAUCUAAAUAAAAACGUGCUUGUAGUUAUCGAUUAGCUAGUUCGAUUAAAAAACUUACUAGUAACAUUUGGUAUAAGUACUAGUAAGUAAUACAUUUGUACUAGUAUGUGUCGGAUAAAUAUUAGUAAUGAUUAGUAUCUAAUGAAUAGGUACUGGCAUCUGUUUAAUAGGCGCAAGUGUCUAAUGAAUAAGCGCUGGUAGUUAAUGCAUAAGUACUAGUAAUGUAAUAAUAUAUACUAGUAUCUAACUAGUAGUGCUUAAAAAAAGUAACUAUUCUUAUCUUACUAGUAACAAUUUCUUUUUGCUCACUGUAUGUUGUAAUUUAUGCAUACUUGUAUCUGAUGAAUAAGUACUAGUAAUUAAUCAAUGAGUUAUAGUAUGUAAUACGUUGUAUCUAAUGAAAAGUGAUAGUUGGGGUUAAAGGUUUAAAUGUUAAAACGGCUUGCCACGAUAGGAAUAUUCAUAUUCUUGACUGUUUGUUGUUUGAUUGGGUAGAUCACAGUCACAGUAGAGACACGUGAGGCCUUUUGGGAAGUUCAAGUUCACUGAAGUUGUUUAGAUGAAGUGCGAUAAUGAAGUGACCGAUUCAUUGAAAGUGUAUAUAUUUGCUUGGAACAACUGAAUUUGAGAAUGUAUUUAUUUGAUCAUUUCACUUGAUUAGUUUUAUACGUAAUCGUACUGUUUUUAAAGAACACAUUCAUUCAGGAUUUCUGGGAGCAAGUACAGUUGAGCGUCAAAUUGCUUUCUCUUCCUGAGGUUUUUUGUUGCGACGUUCGAGCGACCCCUUGAGGGGAAAUAUUAAGGUCAAAGUACAAAACUUCCAAUGCAGGAUUCAUAUAGGAAAGUUGUGCUUGAAUGAUGCUUGCGCUCCUGAGCCAUAGUUCAACCCAUUGAAAUUUAAAAUGAUUUUGCAUUUACUUUUUUCCUUUUUUUUUACAGAGCACAGUACAAUGUUAUCUUGUCUGACAACUGAAAUGAAUGAGAUGUCAAUGGCUCACUGUUUGUUAAUGAUUGUUGCAAUUACAGCACCACAGUAAAGUUUUACAUUUCGACA